AUGCUUUUCCCGUCAGCGAUCUUGGCCUUCUGCCUCCUGUGGACCGUCACGUCCGCCAGAAAGCCCCCUACUGUCUACCUGAUUCGCCAUGCCGAGAAGCCAGCCGAUAAAGCAGACCACCGUCUCACCCACAAGGGAAAAGAACGAGCGCAAUGCCUGCGCACUGUCUUCGGCGCAGAAUCCGAGUACAAUAUCGGCUAUAUCAUUGCGCCAACCGUGAAGAAGCACGGCAAACACAGCAGACCCUUUGAAACAGUCCGUCCACUCGCGAAAGACCUCGGCCUCAGAGUUGACACCCAUUGUUCGCGCAAAAGUGGCGCGUGUGUAGCCGACGCGAUUCGGGACUACGAUGGGCCUGGAAAUAUCUUGAUCUCUUGGCGGCACGGGACGAUUUCUGAUAUUCAGUGGUUUUUGGGCUCGGAAUAUCCACUUGAGUAUCCCUAUGAUCGAUAUGAUUUGAUCUGGACAUUCCCUUAUCCAUAUGAUGUCAUUACGGAGGUUAGGGCUGAACAUUGUCCUGGAAUAGAUAUUCCUAGCCCCGGGCUUGUGGUGCAGGAUUAG